AUGGAUACUAUUCAGAACUCAGUGAUCACCCCCCUUCAGCCUUAUUUGGCGCCUAUUGUCUCGGCCAUCCCCGAGCCAGUACACGAUGCUGUUUUGUCCUUGAUUGGGAAAUCUUGCCACGGCGCACUGUUGGUUGACCUCGAUGUCACUAAGGAUCCUGCCUGCACAUCACUCGCCAUCUCCAAGGCCCUCGGAAUUGCCAUCGUCGGCGCUAGUGCAGUCGUCAAGAUCCCGCAGAUUCUGAAGCUGAUCAACUCCCGCUCAUCGGCCGGUGUCUCAUUUGUUUCUUAUGCCCUCGAAACCGCCAGCUUGCUCAUCACUCUCUCGUACGGUGUGCGCAACCAGUUCCCAUUCAGCACCUAUGGCGAAACCGCCCUCAUCGCCGUCCAGGAUAUCGCUAUCGGCGUUCUGGUCCUGAACUAUGCCGGACGCUCCGCCGCCGCGGCGGCUUUCAUUGCCGUGGUAGCUGCCAGCGUUUACGCGCUGUUAUUCGAUCAGACUCUUGUAGAUGCGCAGACUAUGUCCUACCUACAGGCUGGUGCAGGUGCUUUGGGUGUUGCUAGCAAGGCGCCUCAAAUCUAUACCAUCUGGCGCAACGGAGGAACCGGACAGCUUAGCGCAUUCACGGUGUUCAACUACCUCCUCGGAUCUAUGUCCCGAAUCUUCACCACCCUCCAGGAAGUCGACGACAAGUUUAUCCUCUACGGAUUCAUCGGCGGCUUCACUCUCAAUGUGAUCCUCGCUAUCCAGAUGCUCUGGUACUGGAACGCCCCUGCGCCCAAGCAGAAGUCUGCUCCUCGCCCCAAGGCAGUUGAGAAGGCACCAUCCGCCCAGAGCACGGGAGCGUCUCCCAGGCCUAGCGUGAAGACACCCACCACCCGCCGACGCGGUUAG